UAUACGUGAAAAGAAUAGUAAGGGAGUAAGGAACCGUCGUGUGGACUGAGUGGAUGUGAUGUGAUUGGGGUGUUAAUACAGUAUAAGUAGAUACAUAUUUUAUACCUACGCGUAAUGGUGAAGCCUGUUGACUGAGUUUUCUUACGUGCGACGCCGAAAAGAGGAAGAAGAACGAACGAACGAACAAUCAUCGAGCAUGCUGCAGCAGUGAAGAAGUGAUGUGAAGAAGAAACAAACAGUCCUGGGAUCAGGGACUCGCGGGAGGUCUACAUACCUAUACAAUAGUCCCGAGUCCCGAGGACUAAUUAUAAUUGUGUUCGAGAAUAACGACCCGGACACGGACGUCCACGAGAAAGAGAGGAGGAAGUGGUGGUUCUCGCGAGUAUGCCCCGCUAGCUGCUGCUAUUGCAGCAAGUGGAGAGUUAGGAGAGACCAGCGGUGGCGGCAUAACUCCCGCAGCACACCAUCAGGCAGUAUUAGGCGGCGGCUGUCUGCCAACAGCAGCAGCAAAAGUGUAGUACACUAUUCGUAUAUAGCAGAGCAGCGGGCCCAAUAAAACACUCAUAGGUAUAUAGGUACCCACGCUGAGCGUACAUUAUACAUACAUACAUACACAUACCGUAUGUGUAUACGCAUCUACUCGCAUCAAUCGUAUGUUGUAUACAUCCCAACAGCAAUAAUAAUAUUUUUUCGGUACGUCCGUACGUGUGGGUAUAAUAUAACGUACGAAUGCAUCUAUCGUCCUCGAAAAAGACGAGCUGGAGCAACGGACGGAAGAGCGUUGUUGUUGUUAUCAAGGCAUUAGCCCUCCUUUCUAUCCUCUUUUAAUGGAUCAUCAACUACGUCACUGCCCUGGCCAAAGUGCGCCUGUGUCCGAGGUGAUGGUGGUGAUGAUGAUGAUGGCGACGGCGACAACGACGACGAUGACGAUGACGGUGAUAUUAUGAUGAUGAUGAUGCAUGGAACUUUUGAUAUACUUAUACUCUUAGACGAAGCUGAUUAAAAGAAAGAGACUAACAAGAGAGAGCGAGAGACUGAAUUCUUUUUUUUUAUACUUCAAUAAUCCAAGACGAGCGUGCUCAAGUGCCUUUAGGACUUUCUCAGUUUUUUCUAUACAUUAGUGUGCAAGUGUUUACAUAUUCGUGUGUUCUGUUUCUACUUCAAGCUAGCUAGGAUGUUUUGCGUUGAAACCUGUAAGGAUACACCUGGACAAGAUGUGGUUUGCAGAUAACUGGAAAUGAUAGUUUUUAAAGUUGGUUGUCCAAGCAGACGGUGUUAGGAGCAUUACAAUUUUAUUUGGCUUUCAAUAGCCUUUAGAAGGGAUGAAUGGAACAACAGGCCUGCGUCACAGUGUUGGUGGCAGUGGGAUUGGUGAAGCAGUUCCUGUUGCCACAGUGGUUGUCUAUAAAGACCAGAUGGGAUAUGGGAUGAAAGUUUCAGGAGACAAACCAGUUUAUGUUCAGUCUGUCAAAGAAGGUGGUGCAGCAGAAAGAGCCGGCCUUCAUGCAGGUGACAAAAUAAUCAAGGUAGACGGAGUUAAUGUAAUGCAAUCAACACACACCGAAGUUGUGGAGCUCAUCAAAGCAUCAACACAAGUAGUAUUAACAGUGCAACAACAAUCGCAUCCGACAAUGGCAACGGGACUGUCGUCUUCCCACCAUCACCGUCCAACGAGCUUAUCGACGAGCUCCGUGCUGGUUUCCCCAGUUCAGGGAACGUCGCUUCACCGAGCCUCAACCGCUCCGGCGUCCUGUACGGAAAGAAUCACCGGACCGCAGCCAGUCGACAACGAAAAAAUGCGUCAGCUGGAGACUCAACGUAUUUUCACAUUGCAAUUGAUGUUGGAAAAUGAGCAGAGUCACGUUGACAAGUUGCGCAGCGAACUGGCUAAGCAGACGGCUGCUGGCAACGCUAAUAGCAUUGUCUCGCUGCAGACCGAGCUCGGCAACGCGGAGCGCCGGUGUAACAAGUUGCAAGAGCAACUUGAUCAAUUCUCCAGCGCCCACUUGGGCUCAUCCAGCGUACUAAGCAAGCACCAACGUACGAAAUCGAGUCCCGAGCAGUUGGGCAUCAUAUCUUCAGCCGAAGCUAGCCGACGCUUCAUUGCCACGGAGUUGAUGAACGAGUUAGCUCAGCAGUCAGUCUCGUUAAAUAGGCCUGGCGGCGGUCGCUACAGCGGUAUAGAUUUAGAUGAACCGCAGGCAGGACACAGAACACCACCCGGUACACCUCCACCGCCCUACCCAGCUCCCACGUAUGGGGAUAGCUCCUGUUCGUCUCUCAAUGAAAGCGUAAUAGAUGGAGGCAGUCCAGGAAUGCCAAUGAUUCAGCAGCCAAUCAUAUCAAUGGAGGACGACGAUAUGAGCGAUCAAGAAGUUGGGCAGUUGGAAGAUCAUGGCCCGUUUAAAUUGUUAUCUAAGCUGUGGCAACAUCACGCUCAUCUCGCUGUUUUCAUGAAUUACGUUCUUUCCAAUAGCGAUCCCUCUAGUCUGUUAUUCUACCUCAUAACCGAUCUUUAUAAGAAGGGAAAUGCUAAAGAAAUGAAAAAAUGGGCUUACGAAAUUCAUUCGACUUUCUUAGUACCUGGAGCUCCUUUGCGUCUUAAUAACGUAGAUGAAAAUAUUGCUCGUGAAAUCGAUAACGUUUUACAAAACGAAUCCGACAAAGAAGAAAUUUUGCGAAAAAUAUUUUGGAAAGCAAGGAGUCGAGCAAAGGAGGAGCUUAACGAACAGUUAGCUGAUUUUCAGCAGAAGAGAAUAGCUGGGUUGGGUACGCUUUUCGGACCAAGCGAUGCUCAACUUGACGAAAGCGCUUGUGAUAAAAACGUAGAAACUAAAAUCAUCGAAACAUACCUUUUACCAAAAAUGGAAACAUAUUUGGAGGAUAUUGAAAAAGAAAACAUCGAUCAACGCAAAUUUUCAAUCGCAGCUGGUGUUGCCACGGUGUUAACAAAAGUAUUUCAAGUGCGGCUGACAUUCGUGGAUCGCGUUCCGACAUUCGUUGCUAAGGACAAAUCGCAUAUCAAAGCUAGAUUAUACACUGUUAAGCAGAGAAAGAUGUCAGUCAAAGGUCAUAAUUUCGUCAUCAUCCAGUACUACACCGUUCAAUAUUGCAAUCACUGCCAGUUCAUAAUCGGUGGUAUCGGCCCUCAAGGUUAUCAAUGCAGUAAUUGUACCCUUAACGUUCAUCGUCAGUGUGUUAGAAUCGUUGAAGAAAACUGUCCAGGUCCUUUAGUUAAAAAGGAUAAAGGUAAUGACUGUAUCAGUAAACUCAUGGAACGUAUUCGUCUAGAAAAGAAGCCUCCGUCACACCAGAAUCAAAAUCAGUUCCAUCAUGUCGAGCGUCAGAAGAGAGCUGACGAAGAGAGCAGUCCUUUGGGUGACGGAGAGAACGGAGAGCAUCGCGGAAGCGGCUUGGCGGGAAGCGCACGGGCCGGCAGCGAGAGAGGCCGCGUUUCCGUCUUCGGAAGCGGCGAACACGCCGAUAGUAUGGACGAUCCCUCGUCGAGGGAGGACAUUUCCGAAAUGGUGCAGCAGAAUAUUUCCAGUAAGCCAAAGACGUCAAACAUAAACAGGUCCGAAAGUUACAAGGAGCGGAUACAUCACAAGCGACAAGUGCGCGAAAAACGAAAGACCAGCGAUCCAAAUCUCUCGAAAACAAAAGCGCGCGGCGCAGACUCGAAAAGCGGCGGAGCCUUCCCGGGCAACUCGGCGGGCAGUUCUUCCAACAGCAGCCUGUCGACGCGCAGCCUCGACAGCCCGAGCACGAGCCUCGAACAGGUUCACUCGUCCGGGAGCGCGACAGCUGCCGCGGCGAGCGCCGCCGCCUCCUGGGACAGCGACGUCGAUGUCGAGCCCGAUCCCCCGGAUUGGACCCAGGGCGUGUCCGAGGAAGUCCUUGCCAGUCUCGGCAACGCCGAGAAAAAGAGGCAAGAGGUCAUCAAUGAACUGUUUCACACGGAACGGUCGCAUGUACGGGCGCUCAAGGUCCUGUCGCAAGUCUUCCACAAGCCGAUGAAGAACGAGGCCGUCCUGGCCCUCGAUCAGAUAGACCUACUCUUCUCGAACCUCGAUGAGAUGGUCCAGAUCCAUUCGCAGUUCAACCAGGCGAUGAAACGCAAGCGCAAGGAGAGCCCGCUCGUCGCCGACGUGGGCGACCUUUUGCUCGAAAUGUUCGACAACGAGCCGGGUGAGAGGUUCGAGCUCGCGGCUUCGAGGUACUGCGCCAAGCAGCAGGUCGCCCUGCGCGCACUGCGCGAGCAACGUCGCAAGGAUCCCAAGCUCAAUGGCUUUCUGAACGAGGUCGAGGCGAAUCCCAUGUGUCGGCGGCUGCAGCUCAAGGACCACUUGCUCACGGGCAUGAUCCGGCUGACCAAGUACCCGCUGCUCUUCGAGAACCUUCACAAGUACACGCCCGUGUCCAACGAGCGCGAGCGCAAGGCUGUGCAGCGUAGCCUCGAGCGUAGCCGCGAGAUCUUACAGCGGGUUAAUCAGGCGGUGCGCGAGGCCGAGGAUUAUCACAGGCUCGUCGAAAUGAAGCGCCUCAUCGAUCGCGCGGCUUUCGACAAGGUCGACCAUCAAGACUCCGUCAAGGAGUUUGCCGAUUUCGACAUUACCAAGCACCGGCUCAUCUACGAGGGUCCAUUGCAGUGGCGCGUCGUCAAGGCCAAGCCCGUUGAUCUCCACGUCGUUCUACUCGACGAUUAUAUCAUUCUGCUGCACCGACAGGACGAAAAGUACGUCCUUAAGUUUUUUAACCAGAUGAACUCACUGCUCAGUCCCAUUGUCAGGGUCUCGACGGUCCUCGUGCGUCACAACGCCGUCGACAAGAGCUCCCUCUAUCUCGUCAACACGGCCCAAAAGGGCGCACAAAUCUACGAUCUCGUUGCCUCGUCGUACGAGGAGCGUCAGCUCUGGUGCAAACACAUCUCCGAGACGGCCGAGGUGCACAAGGCCCGCGACCGCGAGGCCAGGCGCCUCAUACCUCCGAGCUCCUCGUCGGGCGAUCUGAGCGAAGUCAAUGAGGACCAGCAACUCCUCCCUGAGCCCGUACCGAUCGCCCAACCUGUCAGUCAGCAGCAGCAACAACACCAACAGGUGCAGCAAAACAGCAAUGAGGUGUCUCGCCCGAAUGACAAACCAGAGCAACAGGACAAGGAAACGCCAACGACAGCUGCCGCGCAGCAACCACAAACAGAAUUAACAGACUCAGCGGCACCCGAGCACAACGGAGCACGGGCAACGAGCGCUGCUCCCAUUGUAGGCACUACGAGCACGGGCGAGCCCCUGAUGAUGGUCACCUGCACGCAAUGCUCGCUCAUUGAUCCCGUUGAAGUUUGCGUGGAGGAGAGGCCCGUUCACAUUGCCGAACCCGUUUUUACACCGAUCGAAUUACUUCGGCGUAAGGACGAUGUCAUCAAACAAGCCCUACUUGAAAAACAGUCCAUUGUCGAAAACAUUCUCAAUAUUUCAAAACCAGACGCCGAGAGCGCGCCCGAAAUAACGCCCUCCAGUCUUCCAGUCCUUGAAAAGGAACCCGUUGAACUCAUACUCUCAGCAAUCGGUCAAACUAAUCAAUUGAUCGAGCUGCUCAAUUCAGCUCUAACGGUAAGCGAGACGGAGACGGUGCUCGCUACGCAGAGCGCAAGCCCAGCCACCGUCGGUUGUGAGGCCACAGGGUGUCCAGCACCGCGAACUCAUCCCCACAGACUAGAACCCACGGUUCCCGUUGCAACGCUACAACCGAUUUGUAAUACCUUGACGUCACAGUUAUCGCAAUUGCUCAAAAUUGUCAAAGAAAGAGACGAGGAAAGAGAAAGAUUGCGCAAGGAGUUUCGGCGGAGCCGAGAACGUUUGCAUGCGAUUGACGCCAACGUUCAACGUCGAGAGACCACAGAGGUUAAUUUUUCACUGCCAGAGAAUGCAGUAAAAAAUGAACAAAUAGCAACUUGUGAAUCAAGCCAGGACGCAUCCAACGAUGGAGCGGAUAAAGAAAUUUUCGUUGAUGCGCAAAGCGAUCUAGAGGCACCGCCGGCGGCGACUACAGUAUCAGCAACAAAUGAAGUUAAGGUCUCGUCGGAUAACGAGGUCAUGGGAGACAGCGUAGGUUGACGUGUCCGGGCUUUUUCCCUGAAUCGCAGACCCGAUGCAUUUGUUAAUGCGUUUCCACGAUUCUUCGCCCAGUAUCAAAAGUGCGCGCAAAGCAUGAGACGGACGAAGAAUAAAAAUUAAGAGAAAUAAAUUAAAAAUAAACACACAGACAUACAUAUGCUCUGACAAAAAAUAAAUAAACACACAGGUGGGGUAGAGUAAGAAUUUUAGACUAUCUUUUUAUUUACCGAAACUUAGCUUGCUAAUGAUUUCGUGCAAGGAAAAAACAAAAACAAAAUUUUGUGGAACAUAAUGCAUUGCCGUAAAAAAAAAUAAAAAAAAAAUAAAAAAAAAUCAAUUUUUCAUAUGUAACCAUUUUUUGUACGUGACUGCGGAGUUAGUGAGCUUUUGCAAUUUGACAUGGCGAAGACACAUUUUAGAAUACAGAAUUUAUACAAAGUGCCUUUUUUUUCUACACAAUUUUAUACUGAGUAUAAUACACAUUCGUAUGAAGAAUGAGGUUUGAUAAGAAGAAUUAUACAUGUACCAGAGAAGCCUUACGACUUUCUCAGGAAAAAAUGUUAGGAUGUAGAAUUUUAAAUUUUCAAAUACAUUCAUACUAACGAAUCUUUGAUUCGUGUUUUAGAUAUUAAAAUUUAUAUACCACCUGAAUCAUUAAGAUUUUUUUAUGUAAAAUAUAUACAACAUACAACUGCAUUAGUACUUGCUUAUAAUGAUCUUCAGUAACGAACAUAAUUGAAUUCAAGACUUGAAUGCAUUAAGAUAGACUGUAUUUAUGUUGAAAAAAAUCAAACAUUAGUUAGUUCCUUAUUGAACGAUUAAUAAAUUUUUGCUAUUCUCUUGUUAAAGGUGCUUUUUAUGACCUUGGAUUAUUAAAUCUACUAAGCUUGUUACAUUUUUUGUUGACCUUAUUAAAAAAUCUAAAGCCAAAUUGUCUUGCAUAUUCAUCAUAAAUAUUUAUACAUAAGAGAAUCUCGAUUUUCGAAAUAUAAGCACGAAAUCAUUAGACGAGUGGUAAAUUACACACAAUUAACACAAUAUUCCAUAUAUCAUUGAAGCAAAUGAAAUAACUAUGCAAACAAAUAUUCUGAACGUAUUUAUGCAUAAAAUAUAAGCGAUGAAAAUUUAUAAAUUAAAAAAAAAUGUAGUACAUGUAUAAAGAAUAUUUAAUGACGUAGUGUUAUAGUGGCGAUUAUUACUAUUAUUACUAGUUAUAUAUGGUUAUUACUAUUACUUGUAUUAUUAUCAUUAUUAUCAACGAGGUAUUACCAUUUAUCUGGAUUAAAAGCUCUCAUUGAAUGGAAAUGAACUUUGACAGUGUAUUUAUGUACAUUUAAAAAAUCAUUGUAUGUUUUGAUACAUUUUUUUUUUCAGUUUUGUAAUUUACAUUGAGUUUUUACAAUUAAAAGUAUAUUAAUAUACCUUUGAAACAUAAAACAGACUAAACAUUUUAUGUACCAUAUACAAUCAUACUCUUGAAUAAAUCCAGAUCUUCACAGAUAA